AUGACUGGAUCGCGUACGAGAUCCAACCAGCAGCGUAUCCAUCCUCUCAGCAGCCUGUAUGGACAAUUGGAUGGCGCGCUCGGUACUGAAGAGGUGAAUAAAUUAAAAAUUGUUCUCCAAGGUCGACAGAUAUCAAAACGGGACAUGCAAACGCUUGGCGGCGCUGCUAGUAUAUUCCGUCAACUCGAAGACAGUGGUUUCAUCAGUAGUGUUGACCUGACUUUUCUGAAGCAAAUUUUAGAAGAAAUUGACCGCGCUCCUCUUGUUGAGCUAGUGGAGAGGUGUGAACAGGAUUUAAACGAGUAUACUGGGUCUGUGGCAGUAGGUACAUCACCAAGAUCCGGGGCGUACUAUUUCCGAUUGGCAGUAACCGUAGCCGCGUGCAGCGUACUAUGUGCAAUGUGCUAUAGAUAUGAUGUGUUCAGCUAUACGAUCACUCUACUGGUGGGCACAUCUCUAGACACCAAUGACGCCAUGUCGCCAGAUUACAAGCCACCUGAUGUCGUACCAACACCACAAAUAAACAUCGAUUCCCUACUUGCUAAAGCUCUGGAUUCGGCGAUUGGUACCAAGGGCCAGAUUAAAAUAGGGAACCGUGACAUCAUGUACGAGGCUAAUGGGAGAAUCCACAGCUUCAAAGAACCAUGGGUAUUUGACGCUUGGGCAAUGGAUUUACAGAGUCAAAUCAAGGCAAAGAUGACAGAAUGGGUAAAUAAGGUGCCAAGGUUGUCAAAAUGGCCUACCCAACUUUCUGGCAUCACACUCGGCGAAUGUGACAUCAUGUCUGACAGAAUUUGUCUACCGAAGCAUUAUCAUCCAAACGAAGGCAAGAGCAUUGGAUGUGAUGGGGAUUCAGAACAAAAAAUAAACGGUGAUGCAGUACCUUACAGUAAACCGGGUGAGAAGAAAUUAUCAGUAUUCCAGUGCCAUGACAAUGCUGUAUAUCACGACGAGGAAUCCUAUUUACAACAUGUAACGAUUAUAGUCCCGUUUGCUGAGGAUAUCCAUGAGUCCAACGCAUCAACCAAUGAAGAAGAAGUACACAGCGAUCCAUGGAAUGUAAUGAAUAAUGAUUUAAAAAACGAUGAACCUAAUUGGUCAGAUCUGAGCAUCAGAGGAAAAGUGAAGCGACUUGCACUAGGAUUCCUAAAAAUAAUCUUAUUAGCAGCGCUUCUGUACAUGUUUAUUUGUUCAUUGGAUGUCAUGGGCUCCGCGUUCACUCUUCUCGGGGGCACAGCAGCGGGGGAGGCGGUCUCCGACAGCGAACUCUUAAACAAUCCGAUAGCAGGUCUGAUGAUCGGAGUUCUGAUGACGGCCUUACUACAAAGUUCAAGUACAACUACAUCAAUUAUAGUUUCCAUGGUAGCAUCAGACAUCCUUGGUGUUCAGCAAUCUGUGCCGAUAAUAAUGGGUGCUAACAUCGGAACUUCAGUAACCAACACUAUUGUCGCAAUGGGACAGGUAGGCGAACGUGACCAAUUUCGACGAGCAUUUGCUGGGGCUACUGUCCACGAUUGUUUCAACUGGCUUUCUGUGAUUAUACUUCUACCGCUGGAGGUCGCCACCUCAUACCUCUACAGACUCACAGGAGCUAUCGUUGGUACAACGACUGCUGACGCUAACGAAGAGUUGUCCGUUGAUUUUUUGAAAGUGAUUACCAAACCACUCACAAAUUUAAUUAUACAGCUGGACAAGAAACUGAUUAACGACAUCGCGUUAGGAGUAGUAGAAUCCGAAGACGUCAGUCUAGUUAAAAGAUGGUGUGAAACAGAGGACUUGUAUAUUAAUGUGACCAGAACGGUAAACGGAAGUGUCGUCACGGAAGAAAUAACAAAUGGAACAAUUUACGUUGAAAGAUGUGUCCAUAUAUUCGCCAAGACGACGCUAAACGAUGCGGUUAUCGGUGCUAUUCUACUCAUUGUAUCGUUGUCCUUCAUGAUGGCAUGUCUUGUCCUACUCGUCAAACUACUCCAGUCGAUGUUAAAAGGAAAUAUCGCGAAAUUGACGAAGAAAGUGAUCAAUGCUAAUUUUCCCGGUAAACUUUCAUUUCUAACGGGCUACUUUGCAAUCCUGGUAGGAGCUGGACUAACCAUGUUACUGCAGAGCAGUUCAGUCUUCACGUCGACUUUGACGCCUCUGGUCGGAGUUGGGGUGGUGACGCUUGAAAGGACGUACCCGCUGACGCUUGGUGCAAACAUCGGUACUACCAUAACAGGGCUAUUAGCGGCAUUGGCGAGCGCGGAUUCCAAGGAUUUCCAGGACGGUCUACAAAUCGCUCUGUGUCAUUUUUUCUUCAAUAUAUCGGGUAUAAUCCUGUGGUACCCAGUUCCGCUUUGCCGGAGAAUUCCGAUAAAAUUGGCGAAAAUGCUCGGAAACACUACGGCAAAAUAUAGAUGGUUUGCUAGUUUGUACAUUUUGUUGGUUUUCUUCCUAUUACCCGGUGUCGUGUUUGCAUUGUCGGUGGCAGGAUGGCAAUAUUUAGUAGCAUUUGGAGUUCCAUUUCUAGCUUUACUGGUGUUUGUCAUCACCGUUAACGUCCUCCAAAGUAAAAAGCCGAACUGUCUACCAAGAAUUCUGCGUAAUUGGGAUUUUUUACCAUUGUGUCUUCAUUCACUGGAACCACUAGAUCGUCUUAUUUCCAAACUGCGACACAUGUGUAAUUGCUUCAGUUGUCGACAUAGUACGUGA